AAAUGUCCGCAGUUCAACCAGUGAACCCAAAACCGUUCCUCAACAGUCUCACCGGAAAGUUUGUCGUUUGCAAACUGAAGUGGGGAAUGGAGUACAAAGGUGUCCUUGUUGCUGUCGACUCCUACAUGAAUCUGCAGCUGGCUCACGCCGAGGAGUACAUUGACGGAAACAGUCAAGGAAAUCUCGGAGAGAUUCUUAUCCGAUGCAACAACGUUCUCUACGUGGGAGGCGUGGACGGAGAAAACGAGACGAGUGCCUAAAUUCUUCAAACCCUUCUCAACAAUUGAUCUUAUGUUCACAAGUUUUCUGUCUUUUUCGCACAUUCUUAAUCAAUAAAUUAUAAUUAUC